AUGGCAACAGUAACGGCUAUUUUUUUCUUUCUCAUACUAACCCACUUCACUACUACAACCCUUGUUGUCUACGCUCAGCCCAGCGCCUUGGUUUUAUCGGAGAUACAAGCCUUGACUUCCUUCAAGCGCAACCUGAGGGACCCUCUUGGUGCACUUGACGGCUGGGACUCGUCCACGCCGUCCGCUCCCUGUGACUGGCGCGGCAUUGUUUGUUAUAACAACCGAGUUCGCGAGCUUCGCUUGCCUCGCUUCCAACUCACUGGCCGACUCACUGAUGAGCUCGCUAACUUACGUGAGUUGCGCAAAUUAAGCCUCCACUCUAACAACUUUAAUGGCUCAGUACCUACUGCUCUUUCUCAAUGCUCUCUCUUACGCGCUAUCUACUUGCAAUACAACUCACUCUCCGGUACUCUCCCGCCCUCCAUUUUUAACCUUACAAAUUUACUAGUCCUCAACGUGGCUCAUAAUCUUCUCUCCGGGAGAAUCUCUGGUGAUAUUUCACCAUCUCUCCGGUAUCUGGAUUUAUCAUCAAACACCUUUACGGGUGCUAUGCCGGGGAAUUUCUCAUCAAAAUCUCAGCUUCAGCUCAUUAAUUUAUCGUAUAAUUUAUUUUCCGGUGAAGUUCCGGCGAGUGUUGGUCAACUUCAAGCGCUUGAGUAUUUGUGGCUGGACUCAAAUGAUUUGUAUGGUACACUGCCUUCGGCCAUAUCAAACUGUUCUUCGCUUAUACAUUUAAGCGUGGAAGAUAACGCGCUUAAAGGUUUGGUUCCGGGCACUAUUGGGGGCAUUUCUACGCUUCAAGUGCUGUCUUUGUCGCGAAAUGAACUCUCGGGUACGGUUCCUCUAAGUUUUUAUUGCAGUGUUUGGGGUAAUUUCUCUUCUUUAAAGAUUCUUCACUUGGGGUUUAAUGCGUUCACGGGUGUUGUUAAGCCGCAAAAUGGAAAAUGUGUUAGUGGUUUGGAGGUUUUGGACCUCCAAACAAAUCGCAUACGUGGCGUGUUCCCAUCUUGGUUGACUAAUGUGACUACUCUAAGAGUGUUGGAUCUUUCUGGAAAUUUCUUUUCUGGGAAUCUACCGUUUGCCGUUGGUAAUCUUGUGAAGUUAGAGGAGUUUAGAGUGGCCAAUAAUUCUCUGUAUGGGUUAGUUCCUAAUGAGAUUUCGAAAUGUAGCUUGUUACAGGUUAUUGAUCUUGAAGGAAAUCGGUUUUCCGGUCAAGUUCCUGCUUUUUUGGGUGGAUUGGGGACCUUAAAGACUCUAUCUUUGGGAAGGAAUAUGUUUUCCGGUUCGAUUCCCAUGAGUUUUGGGAAUCUUUCUCAGCUUGAAACUUUGAAUUUGAGCGAAAAUGAUAUCAGAGGAAAUGUACCGGAAGGGAUAAUGACGUUGAUUAAUUUGACUACUUUGAACCUCAGUUACAACAGAUUUGCAGGGGAGGUUCCUCAUAAUGUGGGGAACUUGAAGAGUUUGCUGGUUCUUAAUUUGAGCGCUUGUGGGUUUUCUGGAGAGAUUCCUGGGAGUAUUGGGAGUUUGAUGAAACUAUCUACUCUGGAUUUGAGUAAGCAAAAUUUGUCUGGCGAAUUGCCUAUUGAGCUUUUUGGGUUACCGAGUCUGCAAGUUGUCAGACUUGAAGAGAACAAGUUUUCCGGGGAUGUUCCUGAAGGCUUUAGCAGUUUGGUUAGUUUGCAAUAUCUGAAUCUCAGUGGCAACGCCUUUACUGGUGAGGUUCCGGCAACCUAUGGAUUUCUUCCGUCAUUGGCUGUUCUCUCAUUGUCCCGCAAUAGAAUUUCUGGGGUGAUUCCAGCAGAGCUUGGUAAUUGUUCUGGUCUUGAAGUGCUUGAGCUUCGUUUGAAUCGUUUGAGUGGCAAUAUUCCAAUUGAUAUCUCUCACUUAUCUCAUAUGAAGAAGCUUGAUUUGGGUCAGAAUGAUUUAUCUGGUGAAAUCCCGAAGGAGAUCUCUAAAUGUUCAUCUCUGGCUUCUUUGUCAUUGGACGUAAAUCACCUAUCAGGCCACAUACCAGACUCAUUGUCAAAGUUAUUGGACCUAACAGUGCUAAAUCUUUCUGCAAAUAGCCUGAGUGGAGUAAUUCCGGCAAAUUUAUCUCACAUAUCUAGCUUGAAAUACUUAAAUUUGUCAAGGAAUAACCUUGAAGGUGAGAUUCCGAAAGUGCUAGGUUCUCGGUUCAGUGAUCCUUCUGUAUUUGAAAUGAAUCGUCAACUAUGUGGAAAGCCAUUAGAUAGAGAAUGUGCAAAUGUAAGAAAGAGAAAAAGGAAGAGGCUGAUUAUAUUGAUCUGUAUUACUGUAGCUGGAGCUUGUAUUUUGGCAUUGUGCUGUUGUGGCUAUAUCUAUAGCCUCUUACGUUGGCGCAAGAAGCUUAGAGAUAAGGCAAGUGGAGAGAAGAAGCCAAGCCCUGCACGCGGAAGCUCAGGAGCUGAAAGGGGUCGUGGAAGCGGAGAAAAUGGAGGACCAAAACUUGUUAUGUUCAAUAACAAAAUAACAUAUGCAGAGACAUUGGAAGCUACGAGGCAAUUUGAUGAGGAAAAUGUACUAAGCAGAGGAAGAUAUGGUCUUGUAUUCAAGGCUUCAUUUCAAGAUGGAAUGGUACUCUCAAUCCGUCGCCUCCCAGAUGGCUCCAUUGAUGAAGGAACCUUCCGUAAAGAAGCUGAAUUGCUAGGCAAGGUGAAGCAUCGGAACCUAACUGUGUUACGUGGCUACUAUGCAGGACCACCUGAUGUAAGGCUGCUUGUUUAUGAUUACAUGCCUAAUGGAAACUUAGCCACUCUUCUUCAAGAAGCGUCUCAUCAAGACGGACAUGUGCUAAAUUGGCCUAUGCGUCACCUCAUUGCACUUGGCAUAGCUCGUGGACUAUCAUUCUUGCAUUCACUUGACAUGGUUCAUGGAGAUUUGAAGCCGCUGAAUGUCCUUUUUGAUGCUGAUUUUGAAGCUCAUUUAUCCGAAUUUGGACUAGACCGGUUAACUAUAGCAACGCCAGCUGAGGCCUCAACAUCUUCUACUCCAAUUGGUUCUUUAGGCUAUGUGUCACCUGAAGCAGCAUUAACCGGUCAACCAACAAAAGAAGCUGAUGUGUACAGUUUUGGGAUUGUAUUGUUAGAGAUACUAACAGGGAGAAAACCGGUUAUGUUUACACAAGAUGAAGAUAUAGUAAAAUGGGUGAAAAAGCAAUUGCAAAGGGGCCAAAUUUCAGAAUUACUAGAGCCGGGACUACUGGAAUUAGACCCUGAGUCAUCUGAGUGGGAAGAAUUCUUGUUAGGUGUUAAAGUGGGGCUUCUUUGCACAGCCCCUGAUCCACUUGAUAGACCAUCAAUGGCCGACAUUGUUUUCAUGCUUGAAGGUUGCAGGGUAGGACCAGAUAUGCCGUCCUCAGCUGAUCCCACUUCACUACCUUCCCCAAUAUGAAAAUUUUUGUUGUAAUUGAUACUGAAUCACUUCCGUGAAGAAGUCAAUUCUUUGGACAUUUAUCUUUUGUCUAUUUAAGAUAUAUGUGUGUUGUAUCAAAAAUCAUUCCUUUUUAAUACU